UACUCGAAACCGGAAGUUCCUCUGAGAAGCGUGUUCUCAGGUUUCCGGGAGAGAGCCGAAUUCUGUGGUAGCAUGUGGGAGCUUGUGUGAGAAGCUGGUGGCGUCCGAGUCCUAUCCCAAUUACAGGCUCCCGCUGAGGAGCUGCCGGAGCUGCUUCAGGUGACUUCCAAUCCGCGCGUGGAGCCGAAAAGCUUGUGUUUCUAGAAUCCUGCCAGUGGAAAGAUGACGUCCUUAGCCCAGCAGCUGCAAAGACUCGCCCUCCCCCAGAGCGACCCAAGUCUGCUCUCCAGAGACCAAGUCGCCUCGCUGUUGUUCGACCCCAAGGAAGCGGCCACAAUCGACAGGGACACCGCCUUCGCCCUGGGGUGCACUGGCCUGGAGGAGCUGCUUGGCAUCGACCCCACCUUCGAGCAGUUUGAAGCCCCGCUGUUCAGUCAGCUUGCUAAAACUUUGGAGCGCAGCGUGCAGACCAAAGCCGUGAACAAACAGCUGGAUGAACACAUCUCACUAUUCCUCAUUCAUCUGUCUCCCUAUUUCCUGCUGAAGCCAGCGCAGAAGUGUCUGGAGUGGUUGAUUCACAGGUUUCAUAUCCAUCUUUAUAAUCAGGAUAGCCUCAUUGCCUGUGUUUUGCCAUACCAUGAGACGAGAAUAUUUGUCCGGGUUAUACAGCUGCUAAAAAUUAGUGGUCCAAAACAUAAAUGGUUCUGGUUGCUACCAGUUAAGCAAUCUGGAGUGCCUUUAGCCAGAGGAACUUUGAUUACCCACUGCUACAAAGAUCUUGGAUUCAUGGAUUUUAUUUGUAGUCUCGUGACAAAAUCUGUGAAGGUUUUUGCUGAACAUCCAGGAAGCUCAGCACAGUUGAGGGUGCUCCUGGCUUUUUAUGCUUCUACCAUUGUGUCUGCUCUAGUAACUGCUGAGAAUGUAUCAGACAACAUAGUCGCCAAACUUUUUCCAUAUAUCCAAAAGGGAUUGAAAUCGUCUUUGCCAGAUUACAGAGCUGCAACAUACAUGAUAAUAUGUCAGAUUUGUGUGAAAGUGGCCAUGGAAGAUACCUUUGUUAAUUCAUUGGCAUCGCAGAUCAUCAAGACAUUGACCAAGAUUCCUUCUUUAAUCAAGGAUGGCUUAGGUUGCUUGAUAGUGCUGCUACAAAGACAGAAGCCAGAGAGCCUUGGGAAAAAGCCAUUUCCUCACCUGUGUAAUGUUCCCAAUCUCAUUACAAUACUUCACGAGAUUUCUGAAACGUAUGACAUCAGUCCUCUGCUGCGAUACAUGCUUCCCCAUCUGGUGGUUUCUGUCGUGCAUCAUGUUACAGAGGAGGAAACUGAAGAGACGGAUGGUCAAAUCUACAAGACACACUUAGAAGCUAUAUUGACAAAAAUAACGCUGAACAACAAGUUAGACCAUUUGUUGGCUAGCCUUCUUUUUGAAGAGUAUAUUUCAUAUGGCUCACAAGAAGAAAUUGAUCCUAAUAAAGUAUUUCUGCUUGAUGAGCAGUUUCUUCCACUCAUCAGACUUCUGGAAAGCAAAUAUCCCGGAGCAUUAGAUGUUGUUCUAGAGGAACGGUUAAAGGAAAUAGCAGAUCUAAACAAACAAGAGCUUUUUCACCGAUUUAUUUCUCUGACUACAAGUGGAGGAAAAUAUCAGUUUUUAGCAGAUUCUAACACCUCUUUGAUACUCAGUCUGAAUCACCCACUUGCCCCUGUAAGACUUUUGGCUGUUAAUCAUCUGAAAAAGGUCAUGAAGUCAUCAAAGGAGGGUAUUGAUGAGUCUUUCAUUAAAGAAGGUGUUUUAGCCCGGUUAGAGGAUGAUAACGUGGAUGUUAUUUCUUCAGCUCUAAGUGCUUUUGAGAUUUUCAAAAAACACUUUAGUUCAGAAGUGACUGUUACAAAUCUUCUGAGACUCUUUCAAAGAGCAGAGCUCUCAAAGAAUAGGGAAUGGUCUAAGAUACUUGAGAAAGCAGCUGAUAUACUAAUUAAAGAAGAGAUAUUGAGUGAGAGUGGUCAGUUGUCAAAUCAGGUGGUUGUGCACUUGCUGCCUUUUAUGAUCAUCACUAAUGAUAAUAUGGAAUCUGCUGAGAUGAAAAUUGCUAACUAUUUAUCAAAGUCAGGAAUUUGUUCACUACACCCUUUGUUAAGAGGCUGGAAAGAAGCUGUUGAAAAUGUGAUCAGAAGCACAAAGUCAGGAAAAUUAGUUGGUAUAGCAAAUCAGAAGAUGAUUCGGUUGUUGGCUGACAAUAUAACUUCAGGAGAUCCUUCUUCAGCCCUAAGGAUGGUGGAAGAUUUAAUAAGUGUUGGUGAGAAGGAGGCCUCUACCCUGAAACAGAAAGUGGCAUUUCAUGUGAUUAUGUCUGUGCUUGUCUCUUGCUGUUCAUCUUUAAAAGGAACCCACUUCCCACUUGCCUUAAGAGUCUUCAAUUGGUUGCAGAAAAAAAUAAAGAAAUUUGAAAGUGUCAUCACUGCUGUGGAAAUCCCCUCUGAAUGGCAGUAUGAGCUGAUGAUAGACCGAGGGAUACCAGUGGAGCUGUGGGCACAUUACAUAGAACAGCUCCAUGGGGCCCAGAGGGUUGCGGUGGAAGAUUCCAUUUUACUUGUAUUUUCCCUGAAAAAUUUUAUUUAUGCACUAAAGGCUCCUAAAUCCUUUCCUAAAGAUGAUACAUGGUGGAACCCUGAACAAAUGGAAGAAGACAGCAGAAACUAUCUGCGCUUGCUUAUUGGACUGUUUGAGAUGAUACUUUGGGGUUCUCAUGCUUCCCAUUUCAAAGUUCUGAUGAAACUUUUGAAAAAGGUACAUCUGGAUGAUAUUUCUCAAUUAUUCAAGUUCUUUUCGGUUUUAUGGACUUACAGUUCUAGCCUUUCAAAUCCACUUAACUGCAGUGUGAAAGCAGUACUGCACACUCAAACUCUUUAUAUAGCCUGUGCAGUGCUGUCAUCUCAGAAGAUAGAGUGUAAGCACCAGCUGGCAUCCAUGUCUUCUCCAGUGGUGACAUCUCUACUCACUAAUCUGGGGAGCCCCAUAAAAGAAGUGCGUAGGGCUGCUGUCCACUGUCUCCAGGCCUUCAGUGGAGUGGUAUCCCCGUUUCAACUUGUGAUAGAUCAUUUGGUUCCUAAGGCAGAGGAGAUCACCUCAGAUGCCGCCUAUGUUGUACAGGAUUUAGCUACUUUAUUUGAAAAAUUACGAAAAGAAAAGAAAGUGAAAUCUCAGCAGAAAUUGUCUGAAACUUUGAAGAAUCUACUGCAUUGUGUAUGUAGUUGUCCAUCUUACAUUGCAAAAGAUUUGCUGAAAAUAUUUGAAGAUGUCAACAGCGAGAUGGUGCUUUCUCAACUGUUGCCUGUGAUUGAACAACUACUAGAAAAGAUCCAAAAGGAGCCUACAUCUGUUUUGAAAGACGAACUCAUUGUUUUGCAUCUUACUCUGGGAAAAUAUAAUGAAGAUUCAGUUUCCCUUCUACAUAGGGACCCAAAGAGUCUAGAUAUAUUUCUAAAAGCUGUGCACACAACCAAGGAGCUUUACACCGGAAUGCCGACUGUUCAGAUCACAGCCCUUGAAAAGAUCACAAAACCAUUUUUUGCAGCUCUAUCAGAUGAGAAGGUUCAGCAGAAGCUUUUGCAAAUGUUGUUUGAUUUACUGGUGAACUGUAAAAACUCACUUUGUGCUCAGACUGUUAGCAGUGUUUUUAAAGGGAUUUCUAUUAAUGCUGAGCAAGUCAGGAGAGAACUGGAGCCACCAGAUAAAGCUAAACCCUUGGGCACAAUCCAGCAAACAAGAAGACAAAAAAUGCAGCAGAAAAAAGCACAGGAUCUAGAAACUGUUCAAGAAGUUGGAGAUUCUUAUUGGCAAAGAGUAACCCUCAUCCUGGAGCUGUUACAGCACAAGAAGAAACUCAAAAGUCCUCACAUACUGAUACCAACUCUUUUUAACUUAUUAUCAAGGUGUUUAGAACCUUUGCCACAGGAGCAGGGAAAUAUGGAAUACACCAAACAGUUAAUUCUUGGUUGUCUGCUCAACAUCUGCCAAAAACUCUCUCCAGAUGGAGGCAAAAUACCUAAAGAUGUUGUAGAUGAGGAGAAGUUUAAUGUGGAACUAAUAGUUCAGUGCAUCCGUCUUUCGGAGAUGCCUCAAACCCAUCAUCAUGCCCUUUUACUUUUGGGUACAAUUGCUGGAAUAUUUCCGGAUAAAGUUCUACAUAAUAUUAUGUCUAUUUUUACAUUUAUGGGAGCAAAUGUCAUGCGCCUAGAUGAUACUUACAGUUUUCAAGUUAUUAGCAAGACUGUGAAAAUGGUUAUUCCAGCACUUAUCCAGUCUGAUAGCGGAGACUCUGUGGAAGUCACAAGAAACGUGAAAGAAAUUGUAGUAAAAAUCAUUAGUGUAUUUGUGGAUGCACUGCCACAUGUUCCAGAGCACCGACGCCUGCCCAUCCUUGUUCAGCUUGUUGACACACUAAGCGCAGAAAAAUUUCUCUGGGUUCUUCUCCUCUUGCUUUUUGAACAGUACGUCACCAAAACAGUAUUGGUGGCUGCCUACGGUGAAAAGGAUGCAACUUUAGAGGCAGACACUGAAUUUUGGAUUUCAGUCUGCUGUGAAUUUAGUGUUCAACAUCAAAUACAAAGCUUGAUGAAUAUCCUUGAGUAUUUAACAAAGCUGCCAGAGGAUAAAGAGGAAACCGCUUCCAAAGUAGUAGCUAAUAGGAAGGAAUCACAAGAAGAAAUGCUACAGAUUUUUAAUGUAGACACUCACACUAGCAAGCAACUGCGGCAUUUUAAAUUUUUGUCAGUGUCUUUCAUGUCUCAGCUCCUGGCUUCCAGUAAUUUUCUCAAAAAGGUAGUUGGAAAUGGUGGUCCUCAGAUUUUAAAAGGUCUUGAGCAAAGGUUGCUAGAAACAGUUCUUGGUUAUAUUAAUGCUGUGGCACAGUCUCUGGAAAAAAAUGCAGAUACACCAACUGUGAAGUUUUGGAGAGCACUGCUUAGCAAAGCUUACGACAUGUUAGAUAAGGUCAAUGCUUUGCUGCCCACAGAAACAUUCAUUCUUGUGAUUAGAGGUCUUCUAGACCAUUCCCUGCCAUCUGUUCGCCGGAAAGCACUGGAUCUUUUGAAUAACAAACUACAGCACAGUGCAUCCUGGAAGAUGAAAACAGUUGACCGUUUCCUAAAACUGGUUCCAGUGCUUUUGGCCAUUGUGCAGCGUAAGAAAAAGGAAGUGGAAGAAGAACAGGCAAUCAACAGACAGACUGCUUUGUAUACCCUUAAGCUUUUAUGUAAGAAUUUUGGUGCAGAAAACCCAGAAUCAUUUGUCCCAGUGUUGAACACUGCCGUGAAGUUGAUUGCCCCAGAGCAAAAGGAGGAGAGGAACGUCUUGGGGAGUGCCCUGCUGUGCAUAGCAGAGGUGGCCUCCACCCUGGAAGCGCUGGCCAUCCCUCAGCUUCCCAGUUUGAUGCCAUCAUUGCUGACAACAAUGAAAAACACAACUGAGCUGCUCUCCAAUGAGAUCUAUCUACUCAGUGCCUUGGCUGCCCUGCAGAAGGUUGUUGAGACGCUGCCACACUUCAUCAGUCCCUACCUGGAAGGCAUUCUGUCCCAGGUUAUUCAUCUGGAGAAGAUCACUAGUGACGUGAGUUUUACCUCACAAGCGAGUAUUCGUCUCACGUCUCUUAGAAAGACACUGGCAACCACACUCUCACCACGAGUUCUGUUGCCAGCCAUCAGCAAAACUUACAAGCAGAUUGAAAAGAACUGGAAGAAUCACAUGGGUCCUUUUAUGAGCAUCUUGAGAGAACAUAUUGGAGUGAUGAAGAAGGAAGAGCUCACCUCCCACCAGUCUCAGUUAACUUCGUUUUUCUUGGAGGCUCUGGACUUCCGGGCACAGCACUCGGAGAAUGAUCUGGAGGAAGUUGGAAAAACAGAAAAUUAUAUUGUUGACUGUCUAGUCAGCAUGGUUGUAAAACUUUCUGAGGUUACAUUCAGACCUCUGUUCUUCAAGCUCUUUGAUUGGGCUAAAACAGAAGAUGCCCCCAAGGAUAGACUGUUGACAUUUUACAACUUGGCAGACUGCAUUGCUGAUAAGCUAAAAGGACUUUUCACUCUGUUUGCUGGUCACUUAGUGAAACCUUUUGCUGACACCUUGAACCAGGUGAACAUCUCCAAAACAGAUGAAGCAUUUUUUGACUCUGACAACGAUCCAGAGAAAUGCUGCUUACUGCUGCAGUUCAUUUUGAACUGUUUAUAUAAGAUCUUCCUUUUUGAUACGCAACAUUUCAUAAGUAAGGAGAGAGCAGAAGCUUUGAUGAUGCCACUGGUGGACCAGCUGGGAAACAGGCUUGGAGGAGAUGAGAGGUUCCAGGAACGGGUGACAAAGCACCUGAUACCCUGCAUUGCACAGUUUUCAGUGGCCAUGGCAGAUGAUUCUCUGUGGAAACCACUCAACUACCAGAUUCUGCUAAAGACAAGAGACGCGUCAGCCAAGGUUCGAUUUGCUGCUUUGAUUACUGUGUUAGCACUGGCUGAAAAACUGAAGGAGAAUUACAUUGUCUUGCUACCUGAAUCCAUUCCUUUCCUAGCAGAAUUGAUGGAAGAUGAAUGUGAAGAAGUAGAACAUCAGUGCCAAAAGACAAUUCAGCAGCUCGAAGUCAUCCUGGGAGAGCCACUCCAGGGCUACUUCUAAAGCUUUUUUCGGUAUUUCAUACUCUGUUCAGAGUUCGGAGUUCAGAUUUUUCAUAUUUUUAUUUUGGGGUGUUUGGUGCCAUAUUACUUUUGGUGCUUUAACACCAACCUGGACUUCUUAAUAAAUAUUUAAUGAUUUCUUUGUAAAAUUGCCACCUGGUUUGUGUACACAGAACCCUCUCCUACCAGAGGUGUGUAGUUAUAAAAGUGUAAAUAAUACAUGUUUUUA